GUUCCUUCCGAUGUGCUUUUCUCAGUGCAUCGCGAAAUGUUUGUGUACAUAGCAACUAAAAGACCGUUAUUUCUGGUACAAACUGUUGAAAGCAGUCAUUUUUUCAACGAGGUAAAAAUCAAUACAUAUUAAGUGCGUUUUAGUUGUUGCGUUUUAGUUGUUGUUUUUCGACUUGAAUUAUUACGAAGCACCAUAUUUGUUGAGAAUCUGGCUGUUGCUGUCAGUGCUGAGUUCUCUGUCUGGCUAAGCUGGUUAGCUAACGUUCGCUAGGUAGCUAGGUUGCUGUAUAGCUAGAUAGCUAAAUUGUUUAUUGACAUAUUUCCUACAGAAUGUCUCUGCAGGCAUCUUCUCAGUCUGUCGGGAUGCAGAAAUGUACUGAUGAGGAAACUUUCUACAUGCACUGCAGAGCCGCCUACCUGACUGUAUUCAGGUCUAGUCUGGCCAGUAUCACCUCCAAACAUCAGCUAUGCCGUGGUAAGCAAACAUUCUCAUAACAUCUCAUCAUUAGUUCAGAGGACAAUAAUUUGUGUAGCUGCUAGCGUACUACUGGCUGCAGUAGCAAUUAUCACGUUAUCAUGCAGUCAGUAGCUAAGUAAAUUAUGCAUAUCAGUGAAUUCUUCCACCACCUCAUAAUACUGCCUGCUUAGAAUUUAUAACCCCUCUGAAUAGCCUACAUCUAGUGGAAGUGUCACUCCACUAAAUGUUGUAGCUACUGAACAAUAAGCCAUCAUCAUCAUGUUAUGAAAAUACACUGCUCAAAAAAAUAAAGGGAACACUUAAACAACACAAUGUAACUCCAAGUCAAUCACACUUCUGUGAAAUCAAACUGUCCACUUAGGAAGCAACACUGAUUGACAAUACAUUUCACAUGCUGUUGUGCAAAUGGAAUAGACAACAGGUAGAAAUUAUAGGCAAUUAACAAGACACCCCCAAUAAAGGAGUGGUUCUGCAGGUGGUGACCACAGACCACUUCUCAGUUCCUAUGCUUCGUGGCUUAUGUUUUGGUCACUUUUGAAUGCUGGUGGUGCUUUCACUCUAGUGGUAGCAUGAGAUGGAGUCUACAACCCACACAAGUGGCUCAGGUAGUGCAGCUCAUCCAGGAUGGCACAUCAAUGCGAGCUGUGGCAAGAAGGUUUGCUGUGUCUGUCAGCGUAGUGUCCAGAGCAUGGAGGCGCUACCAGGAGACAGGCCAGUACAUCAGGAGACGUGGAGGAGGCCGUAGGAGGGCAACAACCCAGCAGCAGGACCGCUACCUCCGCCUUUGUGCAAGGAGGAGCAGGAGGAGCACUGCCAGAGCCCUGCAAAAUGACCUCCAGCAGGCCACAAAUGUGCAUGUGUCUGCUCAAACGGUCAGAAACAGACUCCAUGAGGGUGGUAUGAGGGCCUGACGCCCACAGGUGGGGGUUGUGCUUACAGCCCAACACCGUGCAGGACGUUUGGCAUUUGCCAGAGAACACCAAGAUUGGCAAAUUCGCCACUGGCGCCCUGUGCUCUUCACAGAUGAAAGCAGGUUCACACUGAGCACAUGUGACAGACGUGACAGAGUCUGGAGACGCCGUGGAAAACGUUCUGCUGCCUGCAACAUCCUCCAGCAUGACCGGUUUGGCGGUGGGUCAGUCAUGGUGUGGGGUGGCAUUUCUUUGGGGGGCCGCACAGCCCUCCAUGUGCUCGCCAGAGGUAGCCUGACUGCCAUUAGGUACCGAGACGAGAUCCUCAGACCCCUUGUGAGACCAUAUGCUGGUGCGGUUGGCCCUGGCUUCCUCCUAAUGCAAGACAAUGCUAGACCUCAUGUGGCUGGAGUGUGUCAGCAGUUCCUGCAAGAGGAAGGCAUUGAUGCUAUGGACUGGCCCGCCUGUUCCCCAGACCUGAAUCCAAUUGAGUACAUCUGGGACAUCAUGUCUCGCUCCAUCCACCAACGCCACGUUGCACCACAGACUGUCCAGGAGUUGGCGGAUGCUUUAGUCCAGGUCUGGGAGGAGAUCCCUCAGGAGACCAUCCGCCACCUCAUCAGGAUCAUGCCCAGGCAUUGUAGGGAGGUCAUACAGGCACGUGGAGGCCACACACACUACUGAGCCUCAUUUUGACUUGUUUUAAGGACAUUACAUCAAAGUUGGAUCAGCCUGUAGUGUGGUUUUCCACUUUAAUUUUGAGUGUGACUCCAAAUCCAGACCUCCAUGGGUUGAUAAAUUUGAUUUCCAUUGAUAAUUUUUGUGUGAUUUUGUUGUCAGCACAUUCAACUAUGUAAAGAAAAAAAGUAUUUAAUAAGAUUAUUUCAUUCAUUCAGAUCUAGGAUGUGUUAUUUUAGUGUUCCCUUUAUUUUUUUGAGCAGUGUAUAUAAAUUAAUUCAUUUUCGAUGUAUCUUAGUUCUCCAGCAGGCAGGCAGAAAUCCAUCCCAGGCAACUCUCAACAAACACUGGACCCCAAGAACCACUAAGCUGAACUUUGAUGAUUUCUGUGAGAUAGUGAAGAGUGAGAGGCCGACAGAGGCGCACGAGUUGAUGAGAGCCUUCAGAAAGAUGGACAUUAAUGGGGAUGGCUAUAUCUCACACAGUGAACUACACAAAGUCCUCACUUCAGUAAGUACUGCCUCAUUGAAGUCACUCUACAUCAUCCAGAUAUUUCUAGGUACAGUAUAAUACAUUGAAAUGAAAGUGUGAUACAUUGCAGAUAUGUACAUGAAUAGCUCUAACUUAUAGGCUACACCUGUCUGGUUAGACCGUAAACUCUCCUUCCAGACUCACAUUAAGCAUCUCCAAUCCAAAGUUAAAUCUAGAAUCGGCUUCCUAUUUCGCAACAAAGCCUCCUUCACUCAUGCUGCCAAACAUGCCCUUGUAAAACUGACUAUCCUACCGAUCCUUGACUUCGGCGAUGUCAUUUACAAAAUAGCCUCCAACACUCUACUCAGCAAAUUGGAUGUAGUCUAUCACAGUGCCAUCCGUUUUGUCACCAAAGCCCCAUAUACUACCCAGCAUUGUGACCUGUACGCUCUCGUUGGCUGGUCCUCACUACAUAUUCGUCGCCAAUCCCACUGGCUCCAGGUCAUCUAUAAAUCACUGCUAGGCAAAUCCCCGCCUUAUCUUAGCUCAUUGGUCACCAUAGCAACACCCACACGUAGUCUGCGCUCCAGCAGGUAUAUCUCACUGGUCAUCCCCAAAGCCAACACCUCCUUUGGCCGCCAUUCCUUACAGUUCUCUGCUGCUAAUGACUGGAACGAACUGCAAAAAUCUCUGAAGCUGGAGACUUAUCUCCCUCACUAACUUUAAGCAUCAGUUGUCAGAGCAGCUUACCGAUAAUAAUAUAAUAAUAUGCCAUUUAGCAGACGCUUUUAUCCAAAGCGACUUACAGUCAUGCGUGCAUACAUUUUUUUGUGUACGUGUGGUCCCGGGGAUCGAACCCACUACCUUGCCGUUACAAGCGCCGUGCUCUACCAGCUGAGCUACAGAGGACCACAUGUACACAGCCCAUCUGUAAUUAGCCCACCCAACUACCUCAUCCCCAUAUUGUUAUUUAUUUUGCUCAUUUGCACCCCAGUAUCUCUAUUUGCACAUCAUCUUCUGCACAUCUAUCACUCCAGUGUUAAUACUAAAUUGUAAUUAUUUUGCACUAUGGCCUAUUUAUUGCCUUACCUCCAAAACUUACUACAUUUGCACACACUGUACAUAUAUUUUCUAUUGUGUUAUUGACUGUAUGUUUUGUUUAUUCCAUAUGUAACUCUUUGUUGUUGUUUUUAUCGCACUGCUUUGCUUUAUCUUGGCCAGGUCGCAGUUGUAAAUGAGAACUUGUUCUCAACUGGCUUACCUGGUUAAAUAAAUAAAUACAAAUUCAAAGCAUUAUGUUUUCCCGCCAACUUUUGCAUCCCGACAACUUUUUUAUGCCUUUUCUUUAUAUCUGAAAGUUGUUGCCGGUAUCAAAGCCUAAACUUGUAUUUUGCGGUAAAGUUGUACCUAUGGCUUAGGAUGAAAUGUAGCCGUAAUGCUGGCAUGCACUACACUCUUGAUGGUUGUUAGACAGCGCCCAUUACUACUAUCCUCCUGGCAGUUCUACAUUUUGCGAGGCAUGUCACUUCAUCCAUCUCUUCGCAUAUCCCACCACAUGCACUGUUUUCUUAACCACAACUGGAUGGAUCCAUAAAGAAUUACUGUGGGAAUAAAUAUCACUGAAUGAUUAACAUAUUGAAAUAAAGUAGGCUAAUGCAAAUGAAGGCAUCACAUUGUUGCUUACUGAAACUCCCAAAGUCAUCCAAUUGUUAUAAUACAUUUGAAGCAACCCACUCGGCAAAUAGUGGUUGAACCAACGUAGAAUAGACAUUGAAUUGACAUCUAUGCCCAGUGAGAAUAGCCUACCCGCGUGUUUAUUUCAGCACCGUUUUGCACUGCUUUGAGACAAGCGUGGGGACUCGUCUUGAUAAAUCAAUCAAUGUCAGGUUUUUAUUUUCACAGAAUCUCAGUUUGGAUAUUGGUUAGGCUACAUUUAGGCUGUGAAAAUGUUAGGUAAGUUGAGGUGAAGCUGCUCAUGAUCAUCUUGUCUAGUUUGCUGGUUUAUUAGCCCUGAUCAGAACAUUUUGACAGCAUGUUAUGGAGCUUAACAAGUGGAUUAUGUUGCUCUUCCCUGGCUGCUUAGUAACCUAGGCCUACUCCCGACCAAAAGCCUGUGACUUCUCUUAAUCAAUCAAUGUGAUUGUGUUUCACUGAAUCGCCGUCUGUAUAUUUGGUUAAUUCUCUGGCUGGGAAAAUAAGUGGAGGUGGUAUACUUCAUCUGUUCGUUUGCUCAUCGAUCACUGAUCAGAAACAUUUAGCAUGCAAUAAUGGAGCUUAAAUCAAGUGUAGGCCUAUUAUUUAGCUCGAUGGCGUAUAUGCAACUCCAAAGGCCUGCAGAUGUUGGGAAAGAUAAACACAAGGCUCACAUGCUUUUGAAAAUAUAUAGAUUGCUAUUAUUUUCUAUCAGUAUCAUGAUGAAGAUACUCUCAUGGUAAGAUCCUACGCCUGCUCCAUAACAAAGCAGAGGGAGGGUAGGAAAGAGAUUUAAACUUGGCUCAAAAAAGCAUGGGCUUGGUUUGGGCUCUGUUUCAAAAGAACUUUUUUUAUAUGACAGUGGUUUCACACGUUGCUGGGAUAUUUUGUUAUGUUUUAUUAUAUUCUUAGCCUACUAUAAAAUAUAUGUGUUGACUGUGAACAUGGUAGCCUAAGUGUGUCUUGUCUGUGAACAAAAUAACUAUUGAUUUCAUGUGCAUGGCCAUGUAUGCUGCACAGACCAGCAUCAUAAUUAAACUCAAAAUAUGCUAUUCUAUUCUUUUGAAAAUAAAUUGUGUUAGUCUUAUAAUGUUUCUUAGGACCAAAAAAAACGAAUUAAUUAUGGAUUUCUUUGUGAUGGUGUAUAUUCAAUGGAUGUAUUAAAAUCGACGUCCACCCACAUGGGCCCAUGUCUACUCCCACUCCUAAAGUUGCCGGCAUGUGCGCGGGAGAUAUAAAAGGCUUUUCCCGGCAUGAAUGUGGUAAACAAUUUGACUGUAUGAAUUAGGUUCUAAAAAACAUUGGCAGAUUUUUUUUUACAGGCAACAUACAGUAAAGUCUGUCUGUAAAGGGUGUUAGGUAAUCACAAGCUACUUACACUGAGAUCAAAGGCCCAAUUCAGCUUGCUCAAAAUUGAUGAACUUUCUUGUUCUUCUAGAGAGGUGAAAAGAUGGCUGCCGAGGAGGUGGAUGCCAUUUUUUCAUUAGCUGAUACCAACAAAGAUGGCAAAUUGGACUAUGCCGAGGUGAGAUUGGGAUGAGCGUUAGCUAUUUUUACCAUACCUUUUCAUUGCCUUUUGCAAUAGGCCUCCAUGUAUUACUCUAAUUGAACUCUUUAGCAUGCAGUUUCAUGUAUUAUACAGUGAUAACAUAACAGCACUAUAUCAUUGCCUGCGUGUGUCCCAGUUCUGCAGACUGUUGGUGUCCACGGCAGAGCAGUGUCAGAUUGCAGCUCUGGAGAGACUGGAGGCUGAUGCCAAGCUGAAGAGACAGAACUUUGGCAACGAGUUAGACAGCUCUCCAAAGAGCUCUGCGUCCACCGCUGUGACUGUCCCCAAAACAGAGCCGGACACCACACUGAAGAAAGGUACUACAGAUCUCUGGAGAGGAGUGCCAGCCUAGAACAGUACUAUGCAUGCUUACACACACGUACACACACUCUCUCUCUCUCUCUCUCUCUCUCUCUCUCACACACUCGCUGCCUAUAAGUGCUCUCCUCUGGAGUAGUGAUAAGGAAUAAGUAAUAGGUCUGUUAUUGAUUGAUUUUCCUCCCCGAUGACAAAUCACCUCAUUAAGACACCAUGCAUCAUCAUCUCCACACCAUUACACCAGUCUGUUUGUAGGGAGGGGAUUCUAAAGCAUUGUGAUUUAGGUAAUCAUACCUUCCAUUAUGAGGUAGGUUAACAGAGGGAGGGUUGAGGGGGGGGGGCAACGUUCCCCACUGAGAGACCCAGGGUAGACCUAGGUUCAUAUACUAUUUUAAAUCACUUCAAAUACUUUAACUGGACUUGAUUGAGCUUGCCUGGCAAAAUGGAACCAAUAGAGAUGUUGCAAAACUGCAAACCCUGCCCAUCUGACACUCCAGGCAGGCUUACACAAAUGCUAAAAGUAUUUGAAAGAUUUCAAAUAGUAUUUGAACCCAGGUCUGAGCUAGGGGCCAGGCAGGGCGGGCCAGGGAUGGGAAGAUGGAGUGGGUUGCUUUAAGUGGUCAGUCUGUGUUCAUGUUAUUGAUUGGGGCGAUCCCUCAACUGCUCACUGAGACCAUGAGGGAUUACACAGUCAUCUAGGGGAAGGCCUCUCUAACCAGAGCUGGAAAAACAAAUGAGUUGUGAGAUACUGGCUGGAUUAUCACAUUAUUGUGACUUUCCCAUCAAUUGAUUUAUCCGCGCUUUACGUGUUAACAUGCUUCUGACACAGUUUGCAUGUGACCAAGGCCAUGUAAGGCUUUUCUAGUGCUUCAAAUGUUGUGACUGGUUAUUUGGAGUGGAUUAUUCACUAGUGCUGUUAGACUAGUUUCUUCUGACUAGAAACCUCAUUUUACCCCCCACACAAAUGGCUUGGUUAAAUUUCAAUUCCAACAAUACAUAAUUGUCUCAGUUUCCUAAACAGUUGUGAUUUGGUCCUUAAAACAGAGCCCUGUCAUCAAUACACAUUAGAUCUUUGACAAAUACCUUGAUAGUGGAGCCAUUUAUUUAACUGGUAUGUUAAGAUGGUAUAGUGGAUCACAUUACUCUGCAUCUCUCUUCGAUGGUCUGAGAAACAAUCAAGCCCUAGAUUAUUGAAUUUAUAUUUUCUGGUUUCAAUUAGCAGUGGAGGGAAAGUUAUACAAGAUAAUGGAUUGGAAGGAUUGUGUGAUUGCGCAAUUUGUAAUUUAGAAUGCCUCCACAAAUGAAUUAAAGUGUUUGAACUUGAGAUCACGUCUCACAUUAUAAUGAUGGUGCUUGAGUAGUCAUCUUUUUUGGGGCCUAAGGCUGUGUUUCUGGUGGGUUUCUCUGUUUUUAGUUUUGUAGAUGUUUCUUUGGUUCUGGUUUUAACAGAUGUGUUUCUCCUGUGUGUGUUUGUGUGUCUGUAUGGCGCUCAGACAGCAGAUCGUCGUCCCGUCCCUCCUCAGCUCGCAGUAGACGGUCGUCACUGUCUAACGCCAUCACCAUGGCAGCCAGCAACACUAAGAACAUCAAGCUGGCAGAGCACACAUCUAUACAGGUACUACAGCACUGGAACAGUGACUCACAUGUACAUCAUCACACACUGGGGUAUGGUUAACCUGUCUGUUCUCUCUACAUCAUCACACACUGGGGUAUGGUUAACCUGUCUGUUCUCUCUACAUCAUCACACACUGGGGUAUGGUUAACCUGUCUGUUCUCUCUACAUCAUCACACACUGGGGUAUGGUUAACCUGUCUGUUCUCUCUACAUCAUCACACACUGGGGUAUGGUUAACCUGUCUGUUCUCUCUACAUCAUCACACACUGGGGUAUGGUUAACCUGUCUGUUCUCUCUACAUCAUCACACACUGGGGUAUGGUUAACCUGUCUGUUCUCUCUACAUCAUCACACACUGGGGUAUGGUUAACCUGUCUGUUCUCUCUACAUCAUCACACACUGGGGUAUGGUUAACCUGUCUGUUCUCUCUACAUCAUCACACACUGGGGUAUGGUUAACCUGUCUGUUCUCUCUACAUCAUCACACACUGGGGUAUGGUUAACCUGUCUGUUCUCUCUGACAGAAAUAAUGUGGCUUAAUAGUUAGUUGUUCAAGAGACGGUUGGGACGAUGUAUGUAUAUAACUGCAGCUAGACCAAGAUCAGGGUCUUCUGUCUUUGAGUUAUCCUCUUGAGUUCCUCAUUGUGCAUACAUUAGACCUACCCACUAAUAUCAGAACAGAGCAAGGAUCCACCAUAGGUCCCUUCAGUAACAGCCCUGAAGUCCAUUGCUCGGCUUUGGUGCUAUUCCACUAGCAGAUAUCAGGGCCUGGGGCCAGGCAGCAUUGUUGUUGCUGUUUUGUUGUCGUUGUGUGAAGCCUUUUGGUGGCAAAUUUACUCUGGGUCGGUUGAUAAGUAUAGAGUGUUGGUAUCGAUCCCAUUGAUUUUGUUUGCACUGUUUUUGACUUCACCUCGGCUCGUUUUCUUUACUGCAACAAAACUAAAGAGAGAAAAAAACAAUAGCUGUGCUCCCUGACCCUCCCUGGUCAGAGGAGUGUAAUUGGAAAGUGCCAGACGGAGGAGAAGGGUAAACAAUGUGUGUCUGGAGAUGACCUGCUGGAAGGUCCUCUCAUUGUACAGUAUGUUGCUCCAGUGCCGGGGCCUGGUCUAGAUGGUUCGUUGGGAGUUGGGAAUGGGUAAGCCUUCGCCCUGAGACAUGUAGGCUCCUAUGAUGUGUCUACAGCCAAGUCCAUAGGAGUCUACAGCCAUGUCUUAGGGCAAGGUAAGGAUGUGUUUUGAAGGGAGGCAAGGAACCUUGUGGCACUCAGAGGCCCUGUAAAUUAGGUCUGGGGCCAGAGUAGAGUGACUGAGUGACAGGGGCCUGUAUUGGGCUGUGGCUGAUCUCUAUCUGUGGGGGGCAUUAUUUCAGACCCCUUCCCUUAAUGUAGUGGAUACGACAUGCGCCCCGGGGAAGUUGGCAUGAUUUGAUAUUGGGACUUCUAUGGUUUGAUCCACUAUAUGUUUUACAGCCUGACAUUAAUACUUUGAGGAAAUAGCUUUGGUUUUAAGAGGUGACAUUUGUUUUCUGUCCACACACCGUUUGUUUGUUUCUUUAACUUGGUGAUUGACGGGUCACCUAAAAAAAUAGCCAUUCCAGACUGUAAGGACUACCAGCAGUUGUGUUUCAUUGAAUGUGUCUUCUAUGGGUUAGGAAUGAGAGAGCUUUUAUGCUGUACACAUCUUCAUCUGGGAUGGAUGUUUGUGCUGUCUUUCAAAUUAUACAAUUUCCUGAGUAUUAGGCCUACAAUUCUGAGCAUGUGUAAAUGUACUUGGCGAAUAAAGGUGAUUCUGAUCACAGUUGUGUUAGAGAUUGAAAAAGCAGGCGGGAACAAAGAUGGAAUUCAUAAACAUUUCUCAAUAACCACAUGACGUUUUGGGAGGACAACUAUUUAAACUAUUUAGUUGAAUUUUUUUUAUAUCAAAGCUAAGUGCAAUUUUCCAAUAACCCGGCCCAUAAGAUGAUUUUCCAGGCCUUUGUUUUAAAGCUGGUGUCUCCAUGCUGCCAUCUGGUGGUUGUACAUAUAGUGGUCUACUAGUUAGUGUUGGGUAUUGAACCAAGGUGCUGAAGCAUGACAUUAUAAAUAUGCUCUCUGAAUUGCAUAUUUAAUAUAGUGCCAUCAAGCCCAGUUAUAUCUCAGUCUGUUUAACAGAUUUCCAAGUGAGUAAUCAUUAUAUUUAUGACUGGCUCAAAUUCAAAUGAUGCAUGCCUGUAAUGUUUACUUCUCAGGGUGUCAGUUUCCUCGAGUUUUUAAACCACCUGCACUAAUGCAUUGUACAAGGAUUGUAUGCCAUUUUGUGAGCUUUUCCUACGUAAUGUCAGUUAAAAGGCCCACUGUGGUAUUAAAGCAGUUUUUGAUCAUUUAAAAAAAAACAUCUCCCCUGUGCCAGGACUGGCAUCACACCUGUAUGAAGGGCAGUUUCUUCCUUGAGGAGGAUGGAGGCAUCACGUCCCUGCAAUACCGUCUCACCGUCCCCCAGACAGCCACCGUCUAUCUCACCAUCAGCCCUCUCAACCUUAGCCAGAGACUUGGUAAGUCUACCUCACCAUCAGACCUCUCAACCUUAGCCAGAGACUUGGUAAGUCUACCUCACCAUCAGCCCUCUCAACCUUAGCCAGAGACUUGGUAAGUCUACCUCACCAUCAGCCCUCUCAACCUUAGCCAGAGACUUGGUAAGUCUACCUCACCAUCAGACCUCUCAACCUUAGCCAGAGACUUGGUAAGUCUACCUCACCAUCAGCCCUCUCAACCUUAGCCAGAGACUUGGUAAGUCUACCUCACCAUCAGCCCUCUCAACCUUAGCCAGAGACUUGGUAAGUCUACCUCACUAUCAGACCUCUCAACCUUAGCCAGAGACUUGGUAAGUCUACCUCACCAUCAGCCCUCUCAACCUUAGCCAGAGACUUGGUAAGUCUACCUCACCAUCAGCCCUCUCAACCUUAGCCAGAGACUUGGUAAGUCUACCUCACCAUCAGACCUCUCAACCUUAGCCAGAGACUUGGUAAGUCUACCUCACUAUCAGCCCUCUCAACCUUAGCCAGAGACUUGGUAAGUCUACCUCACCAUCAGCCCUCUCAACCUUAGCCAGAGACUUGGUAAGUCUACAUUUAGAAAGUAACCUACCCAACCCUGCUGAUGGUGAGGUAAUCUGUGACAGUUACUAGUUAUCUGUCCAAAAUUGUAAUCAGUAACGUAACUUUUGGAUUACCCAAACUCAGUAACGUAAUCUGAUUACUUUCAGUUACUUUGGGAUUACUUUCCCCUUAAGAGGCAUUAGAAGAAGAUACAAAAUUACACUGAACAAAAAUAUAAACGCAACAUGUAAAGUGUUGGUCCUAUGUUUCAUGAGCUGAAAUAAAACAUCCCACAAAUUUUCCAUACACUCAAAAAACGUAUUUCUCUCAAAUGUUGCCAAUAUCAAGCAACUUCGCACAGCCAUUGAAGAGGAGUGGGAAAACGUUCCACAGACCACAAUCAACAGCCUGAUCAACUCAAAGGAGAUGUGUCGCGCUGCAUGAGGCAAAUGGUGGUCACACCAGAUACUGACUGGUUUUCUGAUCCACGCCCAUACCUUUUUAAAAAUCUUUAUUCCCAGUCAUUUGAAAUCCAUAGAUUAGGGCCUAAUACAUUUAUUUCAAUUGACUGAUUUCCUUAUAUGAACUGUAACUCAGUAAAAUCGUUGAAAUUGUUGCACGUUGCAUUUAUAUUUUUGUUCAGUGUAGAUUAGCCAAAUUGUUUUACCUGAACAUAACCCAAAAACUAAGGACUUAUUAGCCUCUCUGUUGUUUAGGAUUUUGUUGUCAUGGAGGACUGAUUGGGCUCCUCUCAUGGAAUGGCAUGCUUUGAGCACUACCGAAAAGUGCUAUUAGCAUGUGAAAUGAAGCCAUAUGCUGCGUCUGCUAUAGACCUAUUGUUUACAUUUUUGUUGGUGACACUUUGAUAUCUUGAUAAUCUGCAGUUGUUUAAGUGUAUCAAAAGUGUGAGUUUGAGCAUGUGUCCAUUAGGCCUAUGGACAUAUAUGUUUUUUUAUCCGCACAAAUUAGAUUGAGCAAUUCAAUCCCCACUCGUGGUCUUCUUAAAUUAGUUUUUGACAGUAUGUGUGGAGCUCAACACCACGGAGGAGUUAAGAAGAGAGAGACUCCCUCAAACUUUUAUUACAUAGGCUGGGAUCCACAUGGACCGCUGGGAUCCGCACAACUAUGCUGCUGUUGCAAGAGCACAUUUUUCACUGGCUCUGGAUCGCAAAAACAAUGGUUGCAAAAACAAUGAUUCAUAGGCAGCUUAAACUUACUCAAUUCAACCAUUAUUGGGUUAAAAUACACAUAUACAUUUGUGAACAGCCAUCCACAACGACCACAAUCCGUAAGCUCCAAAUAGCUAUAUGAGCGAUCAACAGUUUGAUUCACAUCAUUGUGCUGUGUAGAGACUGUAUCAAUAAUAAGUGAUAUCCAUAUCGCCCGUCGGCUACACCACUGCUGUCGUCUUUGCCUCCAAGCGUUUAUUCAAAUUGGAUGGAUAAUCUUUGGAUGCCGCCAACAGUUGCACCAUUGGAAGACAUAGCAUGGACUGUAGCCUGCAAAUGCCUAUUCCUGCUCUUUUCCCACAAUCCAUCAAACGCAUUUGGUGUCAUCAUAGUGGUCUAUGACUUGUGGUCAGGCUUACUCAUGCAGAACAAACUUAAACUUGAGCCUUUUUUCAAUGCUGAUUUGAAUGUCAUUGAGAAAACAGAAAGUAUAUUUUUUUGCAAACAUCCUUUCUGAACUUAAAAGUAAUCCUAGAAGUAAUCAUGUAGUUUUUCGAAAGUAUAUGGAAUCUGAUUACAAUAUUUUAGCUGGUAAUGGAUUACAGUUAGUUUUUUUGUAAUCCGUUACUCCCCAACCCUGACCAUCACUCCCACCCAUCACUUCAUUGAGUGUGAAAGUGUGUGUUGUUUUUAAUAGUACAGUUUUGGGUAAAUGUUUUGAUAUUUGCAAUUGAGGACUGGAAGGUAACCUUUUUGUCCUGUUUCUUAGAAAAGCCCUCGUCCUGGAUGUCGGUGGACACAGCUGUCUUUGUGGUAUCAGGAAAAGCCACUAAAGAGGACUCCACUUUGGUGUGUUUUACUGAGUCAAGAGACAAAGAGGUCAGUCAGUCCUUAAUUAUUGUACAUGUCAUGCAUGAUAACCAUUUUCAAAUUAAACAACCUCCAAUUGAGUAUGUUAGAGAGAGAGAGAGGGUGAUGGUUGGAGGGUGUUUGUAGUAGAGGUCUUCAUUGGUCCGGGUGGACCCGAUAUACCCUAGACCCGACCGGGCCCGAUUGGAUUCAGGUCUGAAAUUGUUCCUCGGGUCAGGGUCAGGUCCUGUUUGAUUAUCGACCACGGCUCAGCAUAGCCUAUAGCAUAUUUAUUUUAUGCUAACAAGGUAAAUCUAUUGACUUCUAGAAGGCCUAGCCAACAUAUAAAGACCUAUUUUGGCCAGAAGAGCAACUUGACUGAUAAACAUACUUUUUUUGUCACUCUGGUCCAAUCUGGUCUAGACCCGGAUCCGUUAGGGUCUGAUUAUCGUCUGUCCGGGUCCAACUUUUUGGACCCCCGAAAAUACCUCUAAUUUGAAUGAUAAACUGGGUGGUUUGAGCCCUAAAUUCUGAUUUGGCUAAAAGCCAUGGUAUAUCAGGUAUGACAAAACAUUUAGUUUUACUGCUCUAAUUACGUUGGUAACCAGUUUAUAAUAGCAGUAAGGCACCUCUGGGGUUUGUGAUAUAUGGCCAAUAUACCACGGCUAAGGGCUGUGUCCAGUCACUCCGCAUUGCGUUGUGCACAAGAAAAGCCCUUAGCCGUGGUAUAUUGGCCACAUACCACACCACCUCGGGCCUUAUUGCUUAAGUGUAGCAUGAGAAUAGCCUUUCAUAGACAAACUCUCUCUCAGAAAUGUGAUUACUGACCUCGAGCGGCCAGCUAUGAUACUGCUCAUCUCCAGUGAUUUGUAUAAACUUCAAUAGGAAAAACCUAACAAACAUAUUGUUCAUGAAAACAGAAGUGUUGCUGGAAGGGGGAGCUGAGUGCUGGUACCUACUGCCUCCUUCCUUUCACCACGGGCUGUAGGCUGAGGAGGAGGACCAGGAAGAGUGUGUCUAAACCUGUCACGCUGGUCAACAGGACUGACACUGGGGAGCUGGACCUCACUAGGGACUUCAGGUGAGUUAUACACCCUUAACUGUUACACACCUGGUAGAAAUGAUGAGGAGUAAUAGUAUACAGUAUUAACACUAAGGCUGUGACAAUACCCGUAUCGCUAUAUUUUUUUCCAUGGCAAAAAGAAAACACGAAGCAGACAAAACCUCUUUGGUCCUUUAAAAACCUGCUGUGUAUAAAAUAUUGUGUAUUAUAGGUUGGGAAAUUAAUGUGACUCUGGAUGACAACACAAUGAUGUUUGUUUCCAACAUUAGGGCUGUUUUCCUAAAGAAGUGAAGCCGCUUCGUGUUUUGUUUCCUUGCCACGAUACUAACGAGUAUCGCAAUACUGGUAUCGUCCCGGCCCUACUAGACAAUGUGUGAACUUGUGAACCUUACAUUUAUUAUCAGAGGCAAAAUAUUAUUAUUAUUGUGAAAGGUGCUGAAUGUUGUGUAUUCAUUUUUUACAUUUUACAUUUUAGUAAUUUAGCAGACGCUCUUAUCCAGAGCGACUUACAGUUAGUGAGUGCAUACAUUAUUUUAUUUUCAUACCCGCUGUGGGAAUCGAACCCACAACCCUGGCGUUGCAAACGCCAUGCUCUACCAACUGAGCUACAUCCCUGCCGGCCAUUCCCUCCCCUACCCUGGACAACGCUGGGCCAAUUGCGCGCCGCCCCAUGGGUCUCCCGGUCGCGGCCGGCUACGACAGAGCCUGGAUUCGAACCAGGAUCGCUAGUGGCACAGCUAGCACUGCGAUGCAGUGCCUUAGACCACUGCGCCACUCAUCUCCACAGUACAUUGCAAAUGUGCUGCUCUAUGUCUGUGAAGAUGCUUCCUUCCUACAUUUAAUUUUUUUUACAUUUUAGUCAGUUAGCAGACGCUCUUAUCCAGAGCGACUUACAGCUAGUGAGUGCAUACAUUUUCAUACCACAGGGGGGCGCUGUCUGAUAUCUUUGAGGUGAUAGACCUGGAUGGGAACGGCCUCCUCAGUCUGGAGGAGUACAACUUCUUUGAGCUCAGGACCAGUGGAGAGAAAUGUGAUGAGGAUGCAUGGGCUGUCUGCAAAGGUGAGAUAUACCUGAUGUAUUCAAAUGGAUAUUAUACACUGGGUGGUUCGAGCUAUGAAUGCUGAUUGGCUGACAGCCGUGGUAUACCACGGGUAUGACAAAACAUUUAUUUUUACUGCUCUAAUUACGUUGGAAACCAGUUUAUAAUAGCAAUAAGGCACCUCGGGGGUUUGUGAUAUAUGGCCAAUAUACCACGGCGAAGGGCUGUGUCCAGUCACUCCGUGAUGCGUCGUGCUUAAGAACAGCCCUUAGCCGUGGUAUAUUGGCCAUAUAACACACCCCCUCGGGCCUUAUUGCUUAAAUAUAGUAGACUGCUAUCAUAUGCCACUAGGUCAUGUGUUGUUCCAGCUUAGUGCUGAUGGUGUUUUUUAAUCAAUGCUUGCAGGCUUUGGCUAGAGUCAAACCAGGCUGUUUUGAAAAUGAAAUUAUUAUUGUUUGGAUUGAGUCUGAUGGCAGUUUGACUUGUGCUACCUGUCUGGUGUAGGAGUUGAAUUUGGUUCAAUUGAUUCUUCAAGUGGUUCAUGACUCAUUAAGUGAUUCAUGACUCUAUGUGACUCCCUCCCAGAGAACUUUGACACCCGGAAGAACCAGCUGAGUCGCCAGGGCUUCAUGGAGCUCAACCUGAUGGAGGCCAGCGAGAGGGAGGGAGACCCCACAGACCUCUGGGUAACGCUGGAGGCCAUGGGCUACAACCGCGAUCUGGAGAUGGUGGAGGUGGGUCCUAGUGCUAGACACACACACACACACACACACACUGUUCCUUUGUGUGUAGCAGCCGCUGGUAGGAGCACCCAGAGCAGUAACUCAGCAGUACCAUAGCACAUCAAAUACCAGACUAAUACAUACUGCCAUUGAAUCAUCACAAAUUGGCUAACAAUAUUGUCUGACAAGUGCAGGUAUAAAUUAAUAAAUCAAUUUUUCUCCUCCUCCCCUAGGCAUGUCCGUUCCUGAUAGAUGUUUACUGUGAGGAGGGUCAGUGUACUCUGCAGCCGGUCAGUCUGGAGUCAGGCCACAGGAUCCUGAACACAGCCCUGCAGAGGUCCAUCACGGCCAGGUCAGAGGUCAAAACCCUCAGGGGUCAGGAGAACGUCCUGGUCUACACUUACAGAGGAGAACACAGGAUCUCCACUGUCAUCGCCAACAAGGUGAAGGACUAGAAUACAUAUUAUUAGAUUUUUACAUUGUGUUUUCAGAGGUUUUAUUGAACCAACAAGAUGAUCAACCUCUAGAGUGGAUGUUCUGUAUUUACUCUGAUGAUUGUGAUUUGAUACACACUAGCCUGUUGAAGAAAAAACAUGGAGGUGUCUUCAUGAAUCUGAUCCGCCUUCAACCAAAUCUCUUUUUACAAAUUUCUGUAUGUACAUUUGACCUGUAGGGAAUUCUGUACAGUAGACCACAACAUCAUACAUUACUGCUAGUCUAGAACUGGUGAGGAGUGAGGCCAUUAUCACAUGAUGCUGUAAUUGAUAUGCAGCUAUCGCCUCCAUUCACAUGGCAACAGGAUCCACACUGUAAGAAUCCCAUGGUCACACAUCAUAGUGGGCAGAAUAGUUAGUGUGUGGAGCAUCAAGAUCACCAGAGUGCUGCAGUUUCCUUUUGAUUUAGUAGACAGUUUUUCUCCAUGCACCAGGUAAUACUAUACUGUAGUAGGCAUUUGUUAUACUUUUUCAAAUGAGCUUAAUAGUUAGUGAAAGCAGCCAGCUGUGAAGGGCCUGGGUGCAGGGUUUAGAAAGGAAAUACUGUAGCCAGCAGUGUAGGGCCUGGGUGCAGGGUUUAGUAAGGAAAUACUGCAGCCAGCAGUGAAGGGCCUGGGUGCAGGGUUUAGUAAGGAAAUACUGCAGCCAGCAGUGAAGGGCCUGGGUGCAGGGUUUAGAAAGGAAAUACUGUAGCCAGCAGUGAAGGGCCUGGGUGCAGGGUUUAGUAAGGAAAUACUGUAGCCAGCAGUGUAGGGCCUGGGUGCAGGGUUUAGUAAGGAAAUACUGCAGCCAGCAGUGAAGGGCCUGGGUGCAGGGUUUAGUAAGGAAAUACUGUAGCCAGCAGUGAAGGGCCUGGGUGCAGGGUUUAGUAAGGAAAUACUGCAGCCAGCAGUGAAGGGCCUGGGUGCAGGGUUUAGUAAGGAAAUACUGUAGCCAGCAGUGAAGGGCCUGGGUGCAGGGUUUAGUAAGGAAAUACUGUAGCCAGCAGUGAAGGGCCUGGGUGCAGGGUUUAGUAAGGAAAUACUGCAGCCAGCAGUGUAGGGCCUGGGUGCAGGGUUUAGUAAGGAAAUACUGCAGCCAUCAGUGAAGGGGUGAAGGGUUUAGUAAGGAAAUACUGCAGCCAGCAGUGAAGGGCCUGGGUGCAGGGUUUAGAAAGGAAAUACUGCAGCCAGCAGUGUAGGGCCUGGGUGCAGGGUUUAGUAAGGAAAUACUGCAGCCAUCAGUGAAGGGGUGAAGGGUUUAGUAAGGAAAUACUGCAGCCAGCAGUGAAGGGCCUGGGUGCAGGGUUUAGAAAGGAAAUACUGCAGCCAGCAGUGAAGGGCCUGGGUGCAGGGUUUAGAAAGGAAAUACUGUAGCCAGCAGUGAAGGGCCUGGGUGCAGGGUUUAGAAAGGAAAUACUGCAGCCAGCAGUGAAGGGCCUGGGUGCAGGGUUUAGAAAGGAAAUACUGUAGCAAGCUUGGCAUCACAUAGCUUGUAAAGGAAAUGUAGCAAUCCAUAUGCAUGGUGAAAUUAACUGGUUUGAAUUGUCCACCCACAUAGGCUACCACCAGUUCCAUUUCCCCAACCACUGGGCCAUCAUGUUAGCCUGGUUAAACCAGACUAAACAAUGCACUCACAAUGGGGUAGACUCAGUCUGGCUUGACCAGGCCACCAUGACGUUACCUAUUUCAGCAAUAACGCACAAGGAGGUGAGACGCAUCGCGGAGUGACUGGACACAGCCCAUAGCCGUGGUAUAUUGGCCAUAUACCACAAACCCCCGAGGUGCCUUAUUGCUAUUAUAAAAUGGUUACCAAUGUAAUUAGAGCAGUAAAAAUAAAUAUUUUGUCAUACCCAUGGUAUACGGUCUGAUAUACCACGGCUGUCAGCCAAUCAGCAUUCAGGGCUCGACCCACCUGGUUUUGAUAGAUUAAUUUGUAUUUUAAGAAUAAUGACUAAAGCAUUUCACCCCAAAUACAGUAUAAAUAUGUGAACGGUGUUAGAGUUAUAAUGUAGUGUCAACCCACUAACAGAGGGGGGGAGUUAGAAACUGCUGAGAAAGCAUUCCAGGGUGAAGGGGACUGAGAAACUGUUUUAAAAAGCCUCCUAAAGGUGGGCGGAGCAAAUUGCCUUUGUGUGUCAAGGGGUAUAAAAGCUGUAUAUGUAUUUUUUGGCGGCAGAGCUCUCCAUGAUUAAACAUACAGAUCAUUCUUGCUGGUUGUGGACCUUCGUUUAAUUCAUGAUUAAACCAGAGUCUUACACCCUCUGGGAAUUAUUCAAAGCAUUAAGUUUGAUUAAUUAGAGAGAGAAAUUCUCGUGACAGGUUUAUAAUUUUAAACUUUACAUUUUAGUCAUUUAGCAGACGCUCUUAUCCAGAGCGACUUACAGUUAGUGAGUCCAUAAAUGUUUUCAUACUGGCCCCCGUGGGAAUUGAACCCACAACCCUGGCGUUGCAAACGCCAUGCUCUACCAACUGAGCUACACGGGCAACCAUGUACUUUAUAUAACCGUUUUUGUAAAACAUUUUCUCUUCCUGUGUACUAUUGCAGAGCAGCCAGAAGGUGACGGUGCACGUGAACAACGAGCAGAGUAAGAACUGCAGCAGCAGUAGAGGGAUGAGUGUGUUCGCUGUGGAGGUCCCUGCUAGAACCAAGAUGGUGAGACACACUGUCCCUAUUCUUUCUUCUGUUUGAUUCAGCAAAAAUGUUAAGAAAGUUUAUCAUUAUUUUUUAGACUCCAUAGUUUGUGGGAUGUAUGUUACAUGACCAAAAGUAUGUGGACACCUGCUCGUCGAAUAUCUCAUUCCAAAAUCAUGGGCAUUAUUAUUGAGUUGGUCCCACCUUUGCUGCUAUAACAGCCUCCAUUCUUCUGGGAAGGCUUUCCAAUAGAUGUUGGAACAUUCCUGCGGGACCUGCUUCCAUUCGGCCACGAGCAUUAAUGAGGUCGGGCACUGAUGUUGGGCGAUUAGGCCUGGCUCGCAGUCGGCGUUCGAAUUCAUCCCAUUCAAAGUUGUUCGAUGGGGUUGAGAUCAGGGCUCUGUGCAGGCCAGUCAAGUUCUUCCACACCGAUCUCGACAAGCCAUUUCUGUAUGGACCUCGCUUUGUGCACGUGGGCAUUGUCAUACUGAAACAGGAAAGGGCCUUCCCCAAACUGUUGCCACAAAGUUGGAAGCACAGAAUCGUCUAGAAUAUCAUUGUAUGCUGUGGCAUUCCCUUCACUGGAACUAAGGAGCCUAGCCCAAACCAUGAAAAACAGCCUCAGACCAUUAUUCCUCCUCCACCAAACUUUACAGUUGGCACUAUGCAUUCGGGCAGGUAGCGUUCUCCUGGCAUCCGCCAAACCCAGAUUUGUCCGUCGGACUGCCAGAUGGUGAAGCGUGAUUCAUCACUCCAGAGAAUGCGUUUCCACUGCUCCGGAGUCCAAUGGCGGCGAGCUUUACACCACUCCAGCCGAUGCUUGGCAUUGCGCAUGGUGAUCUUAGGCUUGUGUGCGGCUGCUCGGCCAUGGAAACCCAUUUCAUGAAGCCUAGACGUUUCCUCUUCUCAAUAACAACACUUACAGUUGACUGGGGCAGCUCUAGCAGGGCAGAAAUAUGACGAACUGACAUCCUAUGACGGUGCCACGUUGAAAGUCACUGAGCUCUUCAGGAAGGCCAUUCUACUGCCAAUGUUUGUCUAUGGAGACUGCAUGGCUGUGUGCUCGAUUUUAUACACCUGUCAGCAAUGGGUGUGGCUGAACUAGCUGAAUCCACUAAUUUGAAGGGGUGUCCACAUACCUUUGUAUAUAUAGUUUAUGUUAAAUAGACAGAUUUUACCUCCAUUGAGCGGUUCAUGCUCUAUUUCUCCCGUUGUGUACCAUCUGUUGAUGAGUGUUAGACUAAAGGAGAGAUCAACCACACUUCCUCUCUCUUAAGAGGAAACAGAAGCAACACGUUACUUCAAGAAGCAUUCCAUUUUCUUCAUGGGGCAAUUGUAAUCAUGGUUUUCACUUUAAAUGGUCUUUGUCAUGUCUCUUAGGUGUGCCAGCAUGUCCUGCCCAUCAACGAGCGCCAGGAGUGGACCUACAGCUGUGUGGAGAGCAUUAUACCAUGCCAGUGAAACAGUGAUAGACAGCAACCCUAAUAUUACCCUGGUACUUUAUAAAACGUACUAAUACAAAGGAACAGUGGGCCAAAAGCUAUUUAUAGCCAACAGGAAACUGAAUUAAUUAACAAUACUAUAUGUAUAACAUGCAUGUAACGUGCCUUUGUGAUAGUGGUGUACUGUUUUUCCAUGGAAUUGUAUGAAAUUAUGUUGAUUUGAAAAUUCUUUACUAUAAAUGUAACUUUCAAUAGAGAUACUGUAGAUCUGUAGCUCAGUUGGUAGAG